AUGCCCUGGCAGCCCUGUCGUGGGCAGCGGGGGCCGGGCCAUGUUGCUGUGGGGCUGGUGUCUGGAUCUCGCAGGGUCCACACCAAGAUCUCCAAGGUGCCACCCGCCUUCGCCAACAUCGGCYAGGGCUCCAUGUGCAUCAAGGCAGGAAUAUUAAGUGUCAUUGCUGUGGGGAGAAAUGCGAGUGGAGGAAUCCCGGGGAACUGGUUUUACCCCUUCGUACUGUGCGGACCGGCUGGAGAGGGGGCUGGAGCUCCUCCCUUGGCGAAGGCAUAUAACGCCUCCAAUGGUCCCGGGAGCCGGCACUGCGGCGCUGCCGGAGCCGGGCACGCGUGUCGGCACGGGCRGCGAGCGAUGGCUUCCAUGGGGAUGCAGGUGCUGGGCAUCGCCCUCUCUGUCAUCGGCUGGCUGGGCACCAUCCUGUGCUGCGCGCUGCCYAUGUGGCGYGUGACGGCCUUCGUCGGCAACAACAUCGUGGUGGCGCAGAUCAUCUGGGAAGGGCUGUGGAUGAACUGUGUGGUGCAGAGCACGGGGCAGAUGCAGUGCCGCGUGUACGACUCCAUGCUGGCGCUGCCGCAGGACCUGCAGGCCGCCCGCGCCCUCGUGGUCAUCGCCAUCGUGCUGGCCGUGCUGGGCACCCUGCUCGCCGUCACCGGCGGGAAGUGCACCAACUGCGUGGAGGACGACAGCGCCAAGGCCAGGGUCAUGAUUGGCUCUGGGAUCAUCUUCGUCAUCGCCGGCAUCAUGAUCCUCAUCCCCAUCUCCUGGUCGGCCAACAGCAUCAUCCGGGACUUCUAUGACCCGCUGGUCUCGGAGUCCCAGAAGCGGGAGCUGGGCUCCUCGCUGUACGUGGGCUGGGCGGCCUCGGCGCUGCUGCUCCUUGGCGGCCUCAUCCUGUGCUGCAGCUGCCCGCGGCGCGGCGAGAAGCCCUAUGCUGCCAAGUACACGGCGUCGCGCUCCGUGCCAGCCAGCAACUACGUGUAG